AGCCAGUCAGGUUCUACUCCUUUUUGGGCAUGUCCCUGAUCAAGAAGCUCGAGUUCCCCGAAGCCAAGUUCGACCUGUAUUUCCUGGGCUACGACUCGCCCAAGGCGGUGUCGGGUGGCAACAAUGUGUGGGAUCGCGAGGGUCUGAUCGAGCUCACGCACAACUACGGCACCGAGAACGACCCCGAGUACAAGGUCAACAACGGCAACGUGGAGCCGCACCGCGGGUUCGGCCACACGUGCAUCAGCGUCGACAACAUUCAGGCCGCCUGCAAGCGGAUCGAAGAGGCCGGCUACAAGUUCCAGAAGAAGCUGACCGACGGGCGCAUGCGCCACAUCGCCUUCGCGCUGGACCCGGACGGGUAUUGGGUCGAGAUCAUCGGGCAGAAGCCGCUCCAGGAGACGGAGAACGUGAAGGAGACGGAUGUCGAGACGUAUCGGAUGAACCAUACCAUGAUCCGCGUCAAGGACGCAGAGAAGUCGCUCAAGUUCUACCAGGAGGUUCUGGGCAUGUCCCUGUUCCGGACGCACGAGGCCCCCGCGGCGGGCUUCAACCUCUAUUUCCUGGGCUACCCGGGAGAGAAGGGAGUGCCGGCCGAGGGCCAGAGCACGGCUGACCGCGAGGGCCUGCUCGAGCUGACCUGGAACUACGGCACCGAGAAGGACGAGAACUUCAAAUACCACGAUGGCAACAGCCAGCCUCAGGGCUUCGGGCACAUUUGCAUCUCGGUCGACAACCUCGAGGCGGCCUGCGCCCGGCUCGAGUCUCUCAACGUCAACUGGAAGAAGAGGCUGACGGACGGCCGCAUGAAGAACGUUGCCUUUGUCCUGGAUCCAGAUGGAUACUGGGUUGAAAUUGUCCAGAACGAGCGGUUUACGGGCAAGCCCAACUUCUGAUGGUCUCGGGUAUGCAUGACCGCCGCGUAAUGUAGUGCUGGUCUGAUAUUACAAUGCCAAAAGAUUGCCCGCAUUAGCCAAACG